UCAAUUUAUUCUUUUGUAUUAUCCUAGUUUCAAAACAAAAAGUCGGGUAAACCUAAAUUUCAUUUGCUUCUGACCAUCGACAAUCGACUGAAUAUCAAAUUCGGAAAAACAACGUUCUUUGGUCAGCCUUUUGUAUAGAGAUGGCCACCCACCAACUUUGUCACCAAGGACCGAUGAUGUCAGCUCAUAUGCCGUCUUAUCAAGCACCAUAUUCAUCAGCAGUAGCAUUGUGUCUCGGAGGUGAUGGUUUAUCACAUACAGAUCCUUGUGACGUCACUGGUCACAGCGGUGUUAAUCAACUCGGCGGGAUGUUCGUAAACGGAAGACCACUUCCGGAUAGCACAAGACAAAAGAUUGUCGAAUUAGCACACAACGGUGCACGUCCCUGUGAUAUUUCUAGAAUAUUGCAAGUUUCCAACGGAUGUGUUAGCAAGAUAUUGGCCAGGUAUUACGAAACAGGAACGAUUCGACCACGCGCGAUUGGCGGAAGCAAACCUCGGGUCGCGACCCCGGAAGUAGUUGCCCGUAUUGCUUUAUACAAGAGAGAAUGCCCUAGUAUUUUUGCUUGGGAAAUCAGGGAUCGGUUGUUAAAUGAAGGAAUCUGUAAUGCAGAAAAUAUACCCAGCGUCUCUUCAAUCAAUCGAGUUCUCAGAAACUUGACCAGUGAUAAAUUUUCUAGUGGAAUUGUAACUUACAGCCCUGAAAAUGGUGCCGGUGGUCCUCGAAACAGUUGGCAUUCUAACGGAUCUUAUGCAAAAGAACAGAUUACUUCAAACGGGACAAUUGCGAUAUAUCAAGGUGAGCAAGGAAAUGAUAACUCACGCAGAGAAACCACGGAGGAAACACAAGCUCGUCUACAAUUAAAAAGAAAAUUACAAAGAAAUCGAACAUCGUUUACCCAAGAUCAAGUCGAUUCACUCGAAAAAGAAUUUGAACGCACUCAUUAUCCCGAUGUCUUUGCAAGAGAAAGACUAGCAAGCAAAAUCGAUCUCCCCGAGGCAAGAAUCCAGGUCUGGUUUUCAAACAGACGAGCAAAAUGGCGCCGAGAGGAGAAAAUCCGAAGUCAGCGCAACAGCGCCGGAAGUGGCGGAAGUCUAAGCAACGGAUCGAUGAGCAGUAUCAAUAGUUCAAAUGGAAUGUCGAUAGCAUCCGUGUACGGCCCAACACAACCAUACCAUCCGAUUUCACAACAUUCUCCAGCUUCAACUACCUUGAGCUCUAUGACCGAAGCUUACAAUGGGAUGCCUGCUUACGCAGCUAGUGUUCAAAUUGGGAUGGUACCAGAGCACUAUCGCACCGAUGCACUUUCAUAUCCAUAUUCUGGAAUGCACGACAUACACCAAAUGAAUCACCAGCACCAUGCAGAGAUUGGAUACCCGGCAACAUCGGGUCUUGUUGGUUAUGAUGCCCCAAGACUAACACAUUUGGAAUCAAAACUGUCAGAUUGUUCUGUUAGUCCAGAUCGCAUCAAUGAUGUCAGUGGUCAGCAAAACGACGCACAUCAAAACCCUUACUACUCGUUCCAACCAACUGGUUGCACAAAUGCGACGUCAUCUUCGACCGGACAUCAUGGAGGAAUAUCAGGAGCCAUCUCUAUGUCUUCUGUCAACAUUGCAGCAUGUCAGCCGCAAGAUGGAGCCACAGAACUUCCCACUUCCGCGAUGUACUGGCCACAUCGGGUCCAAUAAUUCACAACCAAAUGUAACCCUACAUAGGGUUAAAGAAUAAUGUAUGUCACACCAGCUGCUAAACAGCUCUACCUAAAAAUGGAAUCGCGGCCCGAGAAAAAGAUGAGAGGAACUGUGGCAGCUGAUAUAAUAAGAUUUUGUGGCAAUAUCUCAAUAUGAUGGAUCUUGUUCGAAAACAGAAUGUGCAGGCAUUUUUUUGUGAAAUGUCAAAAUACAAAUUUUACUUUAUGUUAUUACAAAUAGCCUUCAGUAUCAUGUUUACUCAAAUGUUAUACCAAAGAGUGUUGUAUAUACCACGUAUUUCCCAUUCAUAUUAGCAUUGUUUUCUAUUAUAAAUAUCUCAUUAUAAGAGGAAGAAGGGAGUGAUCUUACGUGUAUUACUUGUUGUAUUUGUCCCUACUUCAAUUUGCAUUUAAUUUGAUUCAAUAAAUAUGAGAAACAGAUAAA